AUUAGCCAGAUCAGUGUUGCUUGAGACUUAGUCAAAAGCGAUUCAAAACCACUCGUAACCGUAUCCAUAUUGUUCGCCACAGGACUGAACGCAGAAUAAGAAAACAUGGUCGCAUUCAAAAUUAUUUUCGCCGUCGCUCUCGUGUCGGUCGCCAUCGUGCAGAUCAACGGUAAGCCCACCGAGAUGAAGGACCAGGUGUCCGAAUGGACUGCACCGUUCGAAGCACUCUUCAAAAACAUCAAUCAAACGGUGUCUAAUAUCGUCAAUGAAAAAUCAACUAAAUCCGGUCUGAACACCUUCGCCGAGAAUUUAAAAUCCGAAUUGUCCUCACUAUCCAAAUCGCUAGAAAGCAAAUCCGGUGUUUCCGAUAUGGUCAAGGAGGCCACCAAGCAAUGGCACCAGACCGUCGAAACUUACUCCAAGAACAUACCGGAAGAGUUAAACGUGAAGAAAAUCAAUGAGAAAUUCGAAGAAACAUUGAAGCACAUCACCCAGAACGCCAGUGAGCUCUCGAAAAAGGCCCAAGGUAACGUGGAAGUCGAAAAAACGGUCCAGGAAUUCGCCAAAAAACAGAUCGACGGUUUCAUGGAAUUACUCAAAACCGUGCAGAGCCAAGUUAAUGAAAAGAAAGACUAAAGAACAGAACUAAAAACUCGUGUGUACGUCGGUUGAAAACGAAUGUUAAUUUAUUGUACUUUUUAAUUUUAUAAUGUAAUACUUAAGUUUUUUUCAUAUACAUAAUCAAACAUUAAAUUUUUCAGUUUUUAUACUUUAAUUGAAUAAUUAACAAAACUAAUUAUUAAUAUUACUAAACUUUACACCCACCAAAAUGUAAGCUUGUUUCAUUACUCGUACAAACAUACGAUCCGUCUAUUUUUCUAGACGUAAAAUUAGUAUUAGCCAAUCUAAGAAACACAUAUGUCUCCAAAUAUCUGAUACCUCUCACCUCCGAUUUGAAACUGUUCAUAUAUAAUAGUAAAAUAUCAAAAUACUUGAUGUUCCGACACGGUCGAAUAAAUUUGUGUUUUAAUGA